AUGCCGGAGGGCACGGUGGUGGCGGUGACGGUCUUUGAGCCGUCGUCAGUGAGGGAGCGCGGCCGUGGAGGCCGGGCUGAGGUGGUGAUCCCCGACCGGGGGGUCGUGGAGGUGCAGGAUGACACCCCGCCGCGGGCCGACGUGGCCGAGCGAGCGGGGACUGAUGGUGGUGGAGGCGGCGUCGUUUUGGAAGAGACGCAGCGGGCGGCAGCGGCGGAGGCGCCGCCGGUUUUGGAGGAGGCACCGCGGGCGGCGGUGCCGGAGGUCACCCCAGCAACUGGGCCGGAGACGGCGACGCAGGGCGUCCCGGAGGAGGUGCUGGCCGCGUCGCGAGCGGCCAGUGAGGAGCACACCUUGGUGCCCCGGCAGGGAGAGCGCCGAGCUGCCGUGCCGCAGCCGGCGCGGAGCGGGGGCACCCAUCUCGACGCCUUCCGGGUCGCCGCCUACAAUCGUCUCCUGGGCAAGCACCGGGAGCUCGUGGAGCGGCUUGCCGCCAAGGAGGAGGAGCUCCGCGUCGCCGUAGCCGAGGUGCUGUCCUGGCGGACUCGUCUGCUCCGCGCCGGUCAUCACUACGACCGGCUCGUUGCCGACACCGGCCGUCUUGGCGUCGAGGCGGCCGCGGCUCGGCGGUCUCUCGACGAGGCCAACCGGCUGCAUGAGCAACUGGCGGGUCACAAGAGCCGCCUCGAGGCCGAGGUGGAGCUCCUUAAGGCGGAAGCCGCCAAGGUGGCAGAGGCGCAGCACGCCCUGGUGGAGGCGAACCAGCAGCGCGGCCAGCUGGCCGACGACAAGGACCGGCUCCAGGCCGAGGUGGAUCGCCUGCGGGGGCAGGUCACCACGGCUGAGGGGGGCCGUCAGGACGAGGCCCGUCGCCGCGAGGAGGCCGAGAAGGCGGCCGAAGACAAGGACGCUGAGCUGAAGGCGGCCCUUGCCAAGGCGGCCGAUCUGGAGAAGGCGCUCGAGGAGCGCGACCACGCCAUCGAGCGGGAGCGGCAUGGGGCCUUCCCAGAGACGCAGCGGCUGGCGGACGAAGCCGUCCGCUAUCAGCGUGACCCGACCGGCGUCGUUUGGUCCGGGACGGAUCCGCGGGUGGCCUGGACCUUUCCGGAGAUCUUCGCUGCCGCUGAGGCCCACCUGCAGGUUCUGGGAACGCAGUUGGGGCGGCUGUCCCAGGCCGGCACCGCAAUGACGGCGGCCCUAUGGCCGGACUCCGUCCAACCGAGCAGCUUCUCGCGCCUGGCGCGUUGGUUGGAGAUGGGGCCGGACCGGCUUGGCGAGUGGCGCGUCUCCGCCGCUCGUGCCGGUGCUGAGAUGGCUCUCCGGUUCGUGCUGUCCUGGCAUCCGGACCUGCAGCUGGACGCGUUGAUGGGCCAGCGGGCCGGUUCGGAGCAGCUCUUGCAGGAGCAAGCCGACCGGAUCGCCUCCCGGGCCAGCUACAUCGCCGAGUUCGCCUUCCACGACGAGUUCCAUCCGGAGCGGAUGGAAGACGGCGGGGUCAUGGACGGCGACGACUACGGCUUGCUCCUCCACGAUCCGGAGGGGAGCUCGGAGGAGACGGGCGUCUACCGCGACGCGGAUGCUGAGGAGGGCACCGGCACCUCGCUGGACCCGGAGGCCGCGAGGGGAGAGCCGUCGAUGUCGCGACGCGGCGCUGGAGAUGCCUGA